ACCACCUUCGAUGCCUCUUUCGGCGUACCCAUUGCACCCCAAGGUGCAAUUGCAAGUUUAAAUGAAUCCAGGAGAAAUAUGGCGAUCGUUAACUCUGUUUUAAUGGAUGAAAAAUAUUGCUACUUGCCCCUUUUCCCGCCGGAAUUCUCGGUCACGCGCAAAAUGUUGUUUACUGAUACUGUCUCGGCCAUUGACGUUCAUUGACGGAACAAGGUGAGCGCACCGGCCGAGUGGGACUGGGGAUUAACAGUAACGGGAUUCUUCUGACGUUGACGCGGAUGAAGCUCGGGGCAUUCAACCUCAGAAGAAUCCCGUUACCAUUAAUCUGUGUUAUUCAACGGAAUUCAACCUAGAAAUCUAGGGGGUGGCCUUCAGUAGAGAGGAAUUUGAACCUACAAACCUAACGGUCAUGUACAAAUUCAAAUUUUCAAAUUACAACAAUUUUCAAUUUACAACUCCGCUCCUGCUUUUGUCUGCACUACCAGACCUUUGCGCUAUAAUUGUUUUGAGGAAAUUCUGCACGCCAUGACUGUGAAAGAAGAGGGAAUACUAGCUUUUGUUCCAGCGCUCUCUGUGUUCAAGGAUGGAGCUGUCCUGAGUAACAUUUUCCUGAGUGAUCCCGAGUGGGAAGAUGAAGAGGGAGAGAUAAUACUGAAGUUGGGAAGGCAUCCGGCUUGUGAUAUAGUUCUGGAUCAUCCCAGCAUCAGCAGAUGGCAUCUGCAAAUCCAGCUUCAAAACUCAUCUCAGGAGCUCCUCCUCACAGAUUUAUCUUCAGUAAAUGGAACAUUUGUUUGUGGACAAAGAGCCACUCCCAAACUUCCGAUAACACUACGACUGAAUGACACAUUUACGAUGGGAGCUUCCACCAGGGUUUACAAGUUCCAGUGGCUUCCUUUUCCAUCCGAAGAAGAGGAGGAUUGCACAACCCCACCCUUGUCUAGAAUUGUUUCUACCCAUGAAAUGAAGUAUGGAUUCAAUGAUGGAAAUGAAGAACGAGUCUCAAUGGAAGAGCGACAUGCCAAUGGUGUUGAAUCCAUUUCCAGGAAUCUGGCCCCAUCUUUGUCAGACAUUGUUCUUGGACAUGACAAACAAGAUUGUGGACAUAACAAUAAAAAGAAGGAAUUAGCUUCAAUGCGAAAGGAAUAUUUCAAAGCUGAUGAAUCUAUUGUCCUUAGCAACCUGAAGCGUGGAUUCAAUUAUGAAAACAAAGGGCAAUUCUCAAAGGCAGAGAUCCCAACCUUGUCUAGAAUUGUUUCUGAACCCCAUGAAAUGAAGUAUGGAUUUAAUGAUGAAAAUGAAGAACAAGUCUCAAUGGAAGAGCGACAUGCCAAUGCUGCCGAAUCCAUCUCCAGGAAUCUGGCCCCAACCUUGUCAGGCAUUAUUUCUGAACACGACAAACAAGAGGGUGGACAUGAUGAUGAAAACAAGGAACUAGCUUCAAAGCAAAAGGAAUAUGUCAAAGCUGAUGAAUCUAUUGUCCUUAGAAGCCUGGUAAAAUUAUGUGAACCUAUGAUGAAAUAA